UAUGAGGAUGCACCCUUCUGUUUCUCCGAAGGCAUCUACUGGCUACAACUGAAGUCAACUGUAACAAGUCUCCCUCCUCAAUUUCCUAAGAUGUCCACAGCACCUUGCUUUCCACUCAAUUCCCAGUAAUUUCCAUGAUAGAGUAUAAGCAACCACCCAAUACUUAGUACUCAUAUACUAAAUUUUCUUGAGAUCACCUCCCCAACUUUACCUUUCAUAUGCCACUAUUCAUUGAUCGUCUCCGAGUCAUGGGUGAUGCUUUGAUUUCCCAAAUCUUCGAACAAUUCACUAUGGUCACCAGCCAAAAGAUUGCCAAAGAAUACAAACUAGUCGUGGGUGUGGAGAAAGAGAUUCACAACAUUUCCCAGAAGCUCAAACUGGUCCAGGAUGUGAUCGAGAGCGCGGAGAGAAGGCAAGUGAGUGAUCCUUUGGUAAAGCGAUGGUUAGAGAGCCUUAAAGAUGUGGCCUAUGAUGUGGAUGAUGUUAUUUGUGAAUGGAAUACAGCUACCAGAAAGAUGAAGAUCAAAAGGAGCCAAGAUAAAGCUGCUGAGAAGAAGGUAUGCUAUUCUUUCUUGCUGUGUUCUUGCUUUGAUGUUAGUCGAGUUGUGCAUCGACACGAUAUAGCGAUCACUAUACGAGACAUAAAUAAGAGACUAGAUGCAAUUGUUUUAGAGGGAAAGGGGUUUAAUUUAGUUAGAAUUGAUGUUGGUGGUCAAGAAAGUAGGGUGAGGCCUAAAUCAUCGACAACGUCGUCGAUUGAGGUACCGGAUGUAUUUGGGCGGGGGGAGGAUAAGAGUACUCUUAUAAGCAAGUUGUGUUCUGAGAAUAGUGUGCAAGCUGUGAAAGAAACACUUCAAAUUGUCUCUGUAGUUGGUUUGGGCGGAAUGGGGAAGACGACACUUGCCAAACUGAUUUACAACUGUGAUGAAGUGAAGAAUCAUUUUACAGAAUGGAUAUGGGUGUGUGUCCCGGAACCAUAUGAUGAUGUCCGCGUUGCUAAGGCUAUUGUUGAGUCUGUUGAGAAACGGGCGCCUGAUGUGACUGAACUUGAAACUGCAUUACAGCUAGUCAAAAACGCUCUCAAUGGCAAGAAGUUUCUGCUUGUGCUGGAUGAUAUGGGGCGGUGCAAGCACAAAUCUUGGGACAAGUUGGUGUGCAAUCUUAAGGUAGGUGCUCCCGGAAGUAGAGUUUUGGUGACCACACGCAAUCAGACUGUUGCCAAGACGGUGGGUAGCUCAUACAUUCACCAGCUGGGACAGUUGUCUGAUCAAGAUUGCUGGACUUUGUUCAGUCGCAUAGCAUUUAAUGAGAAGACCGAGGACGAGAAAGAAGCAUUAGAAGAGGUUGGUAGAGAGAUUUCUCGCCAAUGCAAAGGCUUGCCUCUUUCUGCAUAUACUAUUGGCGGUCUCAUGCGCUCAAAAAGUUCUUUAGCAGAUUGGAGGAAAGUUUCAAAGAGUGAAUUCUGGGAAGUGACUGGAGCAGAAGAAGAUCUUUCCCCUCCUUUAAUGUUGAGCUACUAUGAUCUUCCCUCAAAAUUGAGGCAAUGCUUUAUAUAUUGUGCCAAGUUUCCAAAAUAUUACUAUAUUGAAGCUGACAAUUUGAUUAAACUGUGGAUAGCACAAGGAUAUCUUACAGAAAAGAAUAAGGAAGAAACAGCACUAGGAGCAGAUAUGGAAGAAAAAGGUAGGAGUUGCUUGGAUGAGUUAAUAAUGCGGUGUUUUUUCCAGAAUAUGGAAAAAGAUAAAGAAAGUGGCAUUGUUACAAGAUUCAAGAUGCACGACAUUGUACACGAUUUUGCACAAUACUUCACAAAAAAUGAGUGUGCUAUUGUGAAGCCUGACAGUCGAAAAAAACAGGUGUGCUCUGCUAGUGCAAAUAUCCGCCAUCUUACAUGGAUUCGUGGAGAUGAUGCCCCUUUUCCUGAAAGCUUUGAAAAAACUGAGAAGUUGCAUACAUUCUGGGUUCAGUCCUUCUAUGAUUCUCCGCCAAUUGUAAGCCAAGUUGAUGCUGUUUCGCCUGAGUUAUUCAAUCAAAUGAAGUAUCUUAAAGCAUUAGAUUUGAGCCACAACAGGUUGCGUGUACUUCCAGAUGAAGUUGAAAAGGUGAUAAACCUCCGGUACCUCAAUUUAUCCUUCAAUCCACUAGAAAAAUUGCCAGAAUCGGUUUGUGAUUUAUACAAUCUGCAGAGUUUGAAGCUUGUAGCCUGCAAUCAUCUCACAGAGCUGCCUCAAGGGAUUGGGAAACUAGAAAACUUGAGGCAUCUUGAGAUUGAUAAAACUGAUAAUCUGUCAGUGCUUCCAGGGGGGGUCAGCAAAUUGCAAGCUCUUAGGACAUUGAGCAAAUUUGUUAUCAGAGGUGGUGGUGAUCCUAACGGAGCAGCUUGUAAAAUUAAGGAUCUAAGAGACUUGAACUCCCUUCAAGGGCGUCUUGAUUUAGAAGGUCUGGGAAAUAUAGCAGAUGCAACUGAGGCUAAAAUGGCGGAGUUGAAGAAAAAAGAAGACCUCGUGAUUCUGUCAAUGAAUUUCAAGCCCCUAGCACAAACUGAUCAGAUCAUGUGCAACGUGGCUGAAGCUCUUCAACCUCAUACAAACUUGGUGCGGUUAGAGAUGAAGUUUUAUGGAGGCUCUCAGUUUCCAAAUUGGAUGGUUUCAUUAAGCCAUCUAAAGAAACUUGUCGUUCUUGAAUGCCAAAGUUGUGAGCAGCUACCUGCUUUAGGGGAACUACCAAUGCUCGAGAAACUCCAUUUGGAGAGCAUAAACAACUUGAAAUGCAUUGAUCAGCGAUUCCUGAAUUCAAAUCCUGAAUUUAGCAAAGAAAGGGGUGCAUUUCCAAAGUUAAAGAAGCUCGAGAUUGUCAGGAUGAGAAAUUUGGAAGAGUGGAAUAUGAGCAGUGCAAAGAGUGAAGGAGACGAGAGUAAUAUGCAAGUCAUGCCACUUCUCCGUCACUUGAAAAUUUCUGAAUGUGACAAGCUUCAAGCCCUUCCAGAGACUCUCCUCCACCUUUCAACAUCAGUAAGAAGAUUGAGUAUCAAGAACUGCACAAUUCUGCAGCAAAGGUACCGUAGAGGAGGAGAUGAACGAAAGAAAAUAUCUCACAUCAGAAAGAUAAAGCUGUCGUAGGAGAAAUAUGCAGGAAUUCUUGGUUGCUCAUGUCAAAUCUCUCCUGGAUAAAGUUAUAUACUUGAAUCCUAGUCUCAUUGCUUAUAAUCUAUCAACUUUAAAUUUGUUGUAUAAUGUAAAGCCGUAACGCUAAACCUAUGUUGCAGCCGAAGUUUCUAAGAAAAUAAAAUCUUAUAUUUGAUCA